UCGCGCGGUCUCCCUCUCGCCAGAGCUCACGCGCAUUCACGCUCUCCGAGCUCCGCGUCUCCAACAGUUGCUUCCUCCGCGGAGUUUGAAGGGACCUGUGAUAUGAUCGCUAGUAUGUUCCAGGACGCGGAGAAAUAUUAGAGUAAGCUUACUGGACUCUGCUUCCCCUAACCGAGGACAAAUUUCACUAAAACCUUGAUUCUAAAUACAGCGGUACAGGUCAUAAUUUAGUGUUUAUUUUUGUAGGGUAUUGGCGAACGUCGACCUAUAUUAAAGCGUUUGGAAUUUUGCGCGUUUCCAACUCGUUUUGCGUCACAUUUUGAUAUGUGCUCCGCACGGACGAGGGACUCGUACUUCACACGGUAACGUCAGAUAUACGAACAAAGCGACUGUGCGAUAUUUGGAAUUAGAUCUCUUCAGAAAUCUUAAAGAAAUGGACCUGAUUAGCAUCUACUUCGUUCAUCUAUUGUUUUCAGCCCUGCAGGUGCUGCUUUGUGCAGGCAGAGACUGCCUGCUUGCGGGGGACACAUGCUCCAGUGAUGACAGCUGUAGCCCUCGUCUGCGGACCCUGCGUCAGUGCGUGGCUGGUGACGGCAGCGUCAAGCUGGGCCCCGGCGCCCGCAGCCAGUGUGCCAGCGCUGUGUCCGCCUUGCUGUCCAGCCCGCUGCACGGCUGCCAGUGCCGACGUGGCAUGAAGAGGGAGAAGAACUGCCUCAGUAUAUACUGGAGCCUCCACCAGUCCGGCAUGCACGGCCUCAACCUGGUGGAAAGCUACCCAUAUGAAGCCAUGGCCAGAGGUUACGACUACGUCCGACUAGCUUCUAUCACUGCAGACUCAGAGAGCGGCGUGUCGGCAGUGAACCGCUGCCUGGACGCGGCCAAGGCGUGCAACGUGGAUGACACUUGCCAGCGCUUGCGCACGGAGUACGUGUCGGCGUGCAUCAAGCCAUCGGGCCGCGGUGGACCGUGCAACCGUUCGCGCUGCAACAAGGCCCUGCGGCGCUUCUUCGACCGCGUGCCGGCGGAGCACACACACGAGCUGCUCUUCUGCCCCUGCGCCGAUGUGGCCUGCUCGGAGCGCCGCCGCCAGACCAUCGUGCCCAGCUGCUCAUAUGAGGCACCGGAGAAGCCCAGCUGCCUCACGCAGAUGAGGCUGUGCAGGGCCGACUACGUGUGCAGGUCCCGCUUGGCCCAGUUUCAUCACGACUGCCAGCCCGAGGGGCAGUCCGGCAGCGGAUGCAAGCAGGGGAAUUACGCCGCGUGUCUCCUCGCCUACACCGGCCUAAUAGGGAGCUCCAUCACCCCGAACUACGUCGAUAAUGCCACUUCCAACGUGUCGCCAUGGUGCACAUGCUCGACAACAGGCAGUCAGAGAGAGCAGUGCACAGAGUUCCUCGAUUACUUCACUGAAAACGUCUGCCUGAGGAACGCUCUGGUUACGUUUGGGAAUGGAAUGGACCUCACGCCCACCCCCAGCCAACUGGAACAUCUAAGCCCUGUGACGGACAGGGGGGCAAGGCACACCACUCUGGGGUUCGUCUCCAUGGAUACGGAGGAGAACGUAGCAAGCCCAGCCAUACCUACACAGGACACAGAGAAUGAGAGACUUUGGGGUGAUACCACUGUUCCCUUCAGCCCUCACUCUGGUCAUGUGACUGCCCAGGUGGGGCUGCCACUGCUGGCCUUCCUCCUGCCUCUCUUCCUCCUCCUCACCUCCCAUUACUGACGUGAGCCGACGGACAUUCGGGGCGUCUCCUAGAAAGACCCUGGGCCAACGCACCAGUACUUUUUAAAUUCGAUGACUGAAGGAGAUGGACGUUUCCAACACGUCUGACCCAUCAUGUAAUCAUUGCGUUUCAGUGGAAGAACGAAGUCCUGUGAGCACCAGCCGGGGGGGCGGAGCUCGCAACGCAACGCCAUUCAUUCAUGGAUGUGAUGUAUGGUUGCAUCUGUCUUGGGCGCAACUAGGAGUCAUACUUGUACAUAUGUACAUAAUGUUACGCAGCACCGGUAGCAGAUGUGUUUGUGCGUGAGCAGCUCCAGUGACGUCUUUGAGCGGCUUUGGAAGGAUGACAUCUGUUGAAUUCUGAGAUCCAAAAUUGCUAGUCAAUGCUCUGAAAUUGGCUGCUGAUAAAAAGUGUGGAAGAAAGAACGGACGUCUCGUGUUUCUGUUUGUUUUUUUGUUUUUUUCCCCGAGCUUCUCACACAUCCCAUCAAGCAUUUAGAGGUAGCCCUGAAGGAGACUGGGAUUUAACAGCAUUCUGUUCGAGCUGACUGUGGAGAAAGACGUAUGCUGGUUCUGAUCCAUACCAGAAGGGCGAAGCCCAGGCUUGAAGUAAACAGUGAGUCCAGCUGAGCUUCAACCAGUGUUCCAGUGAAUACCUGUUUCUAGAUCAUUCUGAGAUGUGCUGUGCAUUUUCUAGAAGACCUACUUUCUCUGCCUGACCCACGUCAGACAUAAAAAGAGCGUUUGCCUUCGGAAAAUGCGAAAUUCUCUGUGCUACUCUGGUCGGAUCAUUCUGAGAUUUCCACAACUGCGAAGCACUUUUCCUACGAAUAUUUUCGUCUAAUACAGCAUUCUCAAUGAUUAAUCCUGCGUAUUUGGAAGUUUUACUUUCUCCAACACACCUGAUAUCAUCUGAGAAGUUAAAGUGAAGUGUGGUAGACAAAAUGCUAAACUGUGUAGCGUUCUGGCACAACAGGACUAAAGUUUAAGAGCAGCGAUUGUGCAUAAAAUUAAAGGUGAUGAGACCAUAUACAGUAAAUAGCCAUUUCUGAAUUGCCUCUCCCAACACUGAGGUAAAUCAUACAGUGUUGAAAUCGCUCUUACAGUGUUUAUUUAAAUAGAAGAUUUCCACUGGUAAUUUAAAUAUCUACAAGCAGUAUUACAAUGUUCUUGUAGCUAUGCCACAACAUGUAUAGCUACAGUGCAACGUGUUUUUCUGCUAAAAACAACUUUGAUUUCUGCCUUGUGCAUUUUCUCACCAAUUGUUUUGUGUGUAUGGAUGCGCAUCGCUCUAUGAUGUUACCUCGUGUCACCACGGCAACCUUGUUGUAACGGUUACACAGAGUUCAGGGAGGGUGUGUUGGACAGAGGACCCGCCGCUGGUCAGACUACGUCUUGUAGCACCAGCAAAAUGCUACCAAUUAGGGACCAUUCUGAGGUUCACCUCAGUGUCUGCCAAUAAAGGAUGCUGGUUCAUAAAAAAACCUGUU